CGACGAAAGCUCCGCUUAGGGUGACGUCUCCGAGCAGGGAUGCCGUCGUCAACCACGACGCUGAAGCCAUUAGAAACACACCAGAAGUACGAGCUGCCACUACGAACAGAAGAGAGACGCUGAAGCUGAACGCUCGAAAGGCCAAGUCUACGCUGUCCAGGUCUUGCUGGUCCCCAAGUAGUGCCAACACGGCUGCUAAGCCCACGCAGGCUACAUCUUUGGCGGCGUACAAAGUGGACGCUUUUCGUAGAUUUGGCUUGACCUCUCUGUGUCCAGAUAUAUCGCACGCGGCCCUGGGUAGGUCGCUCAUGGCAUGGGCCGAAUGAAUACGUGGUAUGUUCGUACAGGGAUAGUACGUCACACCUGCCCGACCGGAGUGAUGGUUCUGGACGUAUGAGGGGAGCUGCCGCUCGCUGCGGUGAACAGAAGGAGUCCGGGUGUUGCAGAAAGCACGGCACAGCCAGUUAACAGCACGUGUACACUCCGGAAAGCACUGUGGAAGGUCGUCAGAUUGCGAUGUGUGGUGAUAUCGACAUCGUGUAUAUCUGGAUUCAAACGGAUGGUGUCAGCAGGUUCAUUCUUUUUGUGUUUUAUGAAGACUUUGGAAUGCAGAACGAGCUACACGCAGCACGUAUGGCUUCUGUGCGGUCCAGCCUUACUUCUCUCGUCGGGAGCGGUGACGGUGAGCUUAUUCUGUGCGGCCUCUCGCGCACGCCCUGCGCGCCCACUACCCUCAGCGGAGCGGCGAGCGAUGAACGGGAGUCUAUACGAGGACACAGGCAGCAGCCGCUCCAGCCUCGAACCGGCCCCGACCCAGCCGCUCCACAUCCCAGCCAAACGCUUGGGCUACGCUCAGGGACCUCACGACUGCGGUCCAACAGACCAUUCGGGCAUGGCCGCUGCAGCGGGCGUCAUUCGCCAGCCUUGGGCCGCGAGUGCUUGGACCGCCGACUCUUUCGAGCCGCAGUACAAUCAGGCCACCCUCUGCUCACCGAGGGACUCGGCCUAUUACUACCCUUCGGACCGCAAGACGUCCUCCUUCAACCUCUGGUCGUCUUCGUCCAAAGGGUACGACCUGGGCGGACCCGAGUCGUGCCAAGCGUACGCGGCACAAGCAUGGUGUCCGUACUCUACGGCGUACCCUGCUGCGGCUCCAAGGGUCGAGCCUCCUCCUCCACCACCGCCGCCGGUGCCGGCUUACUUGUCUGCCGAAGAACAUCACCAGAGGAGUGCAGCCUCGGUGGCUGCGUCCGUAGGUCCGGCACCGCCGCCUCCACGUACGAAUCCAAUGGAGAGCUUUUCGGCGUACUCAGACGGGUACGGCUUGAGAGCAGCAUCGGCGGCCGAGUCCCAUGGGCCUCCACCAUAUGCGCCUGCGGGGCCUGAUCCAUAUCUUCUGUACCCCCUCGCAGUUCCUGUGUCCGAGGCCCUGACGCCCAACCCUCUGGAGUGGACGGGAAACGUGACGGUGCGCAAGAAGCGUAAGCCUUACUCCAAGUUCCAGACCUUGGAAUUGGAGAAGGAGUUUCUCUUCAACGCGUACGUGUCCAAGCAGAAGCGCUGGGAGCUGGCGCGAAACCUCAACCUCACCGAGCGACAAGUCAAGAUUUGGUUCCAGAACCGCCGCAUGAAGAGCAAGAAGAACAGCCAGCGUCAAAACUCCGAGCACAACGCCGCUAACGCCGCCGUCGUCGCGGCCAAGUAGUUGACGACCCAUAAUACACUGAGCAACCUCAAGCUCCGUCUCAUGAUCUCCGCAUCGGACACCACUGUGUGCUUCAACAAUUGUGUUGCUGACUGCAACUGUGUACAUAUGAAAAGAACCGCGUGAGAACAGUGACUUGUCUCGCCGAUGCCAUCACCUCCCGCCGAGCCAUCCCUCGUAAGUCGUUACAUUCACCCACUACCUCCAUCCCUUCUCCCUUAUUCAGAGGGGCUUCCUGCUGCUUUGUCUCAUCGUUCCUCAUGUGUAGAUAUAUCAGUGUGCCGAAAAAGAACGCUUAUAGUGAUGCCCAAGAGUCAAGUAUUGCCAAAUCGCUAGCGGCCUCUUCAUUCUGGUCAGAAGGAAUCACGCUGUGAACUGGACCGGUGUCAACCCCGCCAUGUCAUUCAAGUGUGUUGCAGCCCGAUGUGUAUACCUUUAAAGAAGGGCUCGAACAACGUGCCAACAGUAGCUUUACCUUCAUUCUCACGAGUCCAGUGGAUCGUAUUUCCUAUAUGAUCAAGACGUGAGACUCGGUGAUUUACAAUGUAUAAAUACCUGUUCUCUGUCUGUUCUCUUGGUUACGUUUAAUACUGUCGCUAACAUAUAUGGUCUUCGUCACAGCACCUGUUGUCGUACACUCUGUGUAAGCAAAUUGUGGGUAUCUUUUGUUCGAGUAAUGGCGAACACGACGUGCGAGUAGAUGGUUAAAUCCAUGAAACUAUUGGGCGAUGUCUCGAACAUUUUUAGCGCGGGCAUUAUGGUAUUGAACGCUUCGACCAGCAGUAUUCAGCGCUUGCACGAACGCAUGCAGAGCUGAGGACAAUACAACAAUAUCACAUCUAAUUCCCAGGUAAUUGUUAUGAAUAUUUUUUUCGAACCGCUGAAACUCACCACGUGUAAGCGAACUUCUCAGAGUAUAAAAUGUGCUAAGAUGCUUCAGGCUUGCCCCAAGCUUAAUUAGAAAUAGAAAAUUGCUUGAUUGUAUGAAAUAUAUAUGUUGAUACAACUUAAAAAAACUGGCAGUUCGUUAUCUUGCCUUCCCUGGUACGCCGCCGUCUGUUCAAGAUCACCCGUCCCCUUAAAUUAUUUCGCGGGGUCCACUCUCUCGUUUCCCCGUUCCGUUUUAUUUACAUAUACCUUUUUUUUGCAAAUCAGUGCGUGAAAUUGAAAUUGGGUCUUGCAGGUAAAGACUCCCAAUGCCAAACAAGGGCUGAGCCCCAAAAGCAAAAGGCAGGGUCGACCGAGAGCAUUUCAUGACGGGAGCAAAGGGGUGGCCUGUAGAACCAUUCGCCGCUCCGCCUACCGUGUCGCCCUGGGGCGGACGAUGGGUGCGGCCACUGCACGCACUUAUUAAGCACAUUUUCGAAGCAACCGUCAUUGGUGGCUGCUAGUGAUGCAAGGAGGUGCAUUGUAAUAGCUAGGAUAUGAUGAAGGAUAUUUUUAUUGCCAACUGUAGGAUGGGACAAGACUCAAUGCUUGCCCACAUCACAAGGUGGGUAUUUCACGACUUCACAGGGAGUCAGUGCCGGGAUCUACGAAUCCCCGUGCCGUGAUCCCCUCAGAAGGGCCGCCAAAGACACCUUUUGGGCAAGAAGAAGCCUCUUUAGGGCAACAGGAGAGAGAAAGAAAAUAAAAAUUACAGGGUGGGGCGCAAAUUUCCCCCCACUUGUCCCCCCCCCCCCCCCGGAGACGAAAAGUAGACGCCGUCUCUACAGGGAGUAGUUCUAGUCUAAUACCCCUUGACACACGGGCACGUUUGAACUCCUUUACGCAUAGGGACUGCUAACUGAAAGGCGUUGCGUGACGUGACACACGGCAAAGUAGAACCUCCUUUUACGAAGCGGUCCUUUUGGGAAGCUGAGAUCGGCGAUCUCCUUUUCAUCUGUAAAGGCGUAUGGCGUAGCCUCGAACGAAGGGCGAUACAACGACAAUAAUCUGGAACGAAGGUUAUACCGUGUUUUCAUUUUUCAAGUACUCGAAGUCUGCGUGCAGAUAUUGCAGCUACAGUACAUGUUUUGAAUUCAUUCGUCGUAUUGUUAUGCUUACUAUUACUAUGUCGUGCGUGUAGGUUGGUUCUAAUGGAAAUAUCUAGCGCAACAUCUUUGGGCAUAUUUUUCAAACGAAACAUCAAAAAGAAUUCGCUCUUGCCGUGUGACACUGGCACGAACCCCUUUCGCGAAGGUAUCCUUUGCAGCUGUAAAGGACCCCUAAUGGUAAAUAGUUCAAACGUGUUCGUGUGUCAGGGGUAAAUUUUCAGCAAUUUGAACUGCCCUGUAUCUCUCCGUAGUCGUCUCCCAAUGUGAUAAGCCGAUAACGAUAUCACACUCGACACCUUUGCUAACCUGAAGUGUCCGCGGGUGUUUCCCACUCGUACCUGCCCUUAUUCCUGCUCCCUAAGCACAUGGAAAUGAAAUCACAUUCAUAGUCUCCCCUUUUGUGUUGAGUGUUGUAACUGACAAAGAAGAAAUUCCUGAAGCAAACAAGGUGCAGGGCAGCCAUUUUGUUACCUGCAGGCUAAACGAAGUUGAUGCAUGAUGACGCUCGCUUCGGUAGCUAUGAUGUAUGUCUGUGAUUAUGGUGCUUUCGCUUUCUUGUGCCAUACCCUACCUGAAUUUCGGUUGAGCACUCGUGAGAUAGUUGUGUGAGUUAUGCAUCUACUUUCUAAGCCACACACGUACCAAAAAUAUACCUUUUUUUUUUACUCGGAAUUUAAUAACCCAGUGCAUACCUUAUGGAUGCCUCUCCAUGUCUCACUUACCCACUCACCGAAUGUAAAGUGUGACUCAGUGUUUCUGCCGAUCUGGUGGGUGCAUCGCUGUAAAGCAAUGUGCGAACGGUGCCAAAAAUUGUCUUCUGGAGCGGUCCAAUGGAGCCAGGUGCUGAUGAACGAAUGAAUAACAUGUACAGAUGUUUGCUGAAUCAUUGUGCAUCGAUGUCAUAUGUAUAUUUUUCUUGCAUUGUCACUCAGCAGUAUAUUUUUUUUGUUAUCUGGCAGCAUCUCACUGGGCCUGGGUUUAUUGAUUCGUCAGUGACUAUAAUAACGAAAAUUCUGGCCAACGUUCAUGUUCACGUCUGCAUGGGCAUGCUGAUGUGUCCACGGAUACAUGCUAAUUCAUCUUGAAAUGUGACAAGGCUGUCUCGUUCUAGAUAGCUUUCAUUCGAUGACGUCGUGAGAGCAGCUAUUGUGUAAAUUGAAAGUCUCAUUACCAAUUAUAUGCAAAGAGAUAAGAAUGCUCCUCUACUCUUGGUAGUUUAACGGCUAGUUGCUGGUUUUCUUUAAAUAUUCACGCAACCAUUCGGCUGGUUGCUGAUCUGUUGGCUGCUGAACAAUGUGCAGAUUUGGCUCGUGUACUCAUAUUCGGCCCUUUCGUGUAUACCCUUUGGCGUGCUCCAAUAUUUUCAUUUUUGGAAAUUCAUGUUUAUUUUUUCUUUGGAAAUACACAUGAAUGGGAAGUUAGCGUUCAGGUUCACACCUCACUUGGACGAGAGAGAUAUAUAUAACGGCUGCAAACUUUUCAGGUACGAGAAUAGAGUCUCGCGUUGUAACCCAGCCAUCAAGUCAAGAGCUGUCGUUCAUAGCGUUGCUUUGCAAACAAAAUGCUUAAAAUCCAACAAUAAUUAACAAUAGGAAGAUGCUUUUCUCUUUGCAAUGGAAUUGAAUUGAAUUCAAUGGAAAAAGCACAUUCUAUUUGAUUUUCAUAAAUUUAGUUUGGAGGCUCUGCAAGAAGGUUAUGUGUUUUUUCUUUUUUUUUUUUUUCAAUUCGCUUUCCUAAGUUGAACUCAUGUGUAACGUACAACGGUCAUAGUAUUCCUCGCUUUUAUACAGCAAGGCUUCCCUCACUUCAGGUACAGUUAUAUGAGAAUAACAGUCACCGUGCAUGACGACCAAUGCGUUGUCUGUCCUGGUCUUUUAAUGCAGUUAAUUUUCAAUGUAUUUUCUCCUUUUUCAUUGCAGCGUAAACCCACAAUCAAUGACACCCGAUAAGUUCAAUUUGUUACGUGCUGUAUAUCACGCUCCGGAACCUUAUCAGCAAAGCCCGUCCGGCGUCCGCAACGCCUGGGCCUAUACAUUUGUGAUCGUUGUCACAUUUCAAGAUAUCAAACGUGUGCUGCUGAAAUUGAACUGAAAGUUCGUUAUUGUACUGUGCCAUACGAAGGUUCCUGUUUUCUUUUCGCCGAAUUGUUCGUCGAUUAUUUAUUAUUCCACAGGGGAUCGGAAUAUUUUCCCCCGAUGGCAUGUACAUAUGCGCCGUGUGCUUACCUUGCCACACAACAAAGCUGACUUUCACUAAGGGGUUGUGCGUCUGCGAAGGCUGCUUGGCUCGAAGGCUGUCAGGAUUUGUCCUCGUGGGAAAGUGAUUUCGGAGGACAUGGACUAAAAAUGACCAUGCGCGCAUGAAGCCACCUUGUGCGUGUGCGAGUCUUGAAUCGAAUAGUCGACUAUUCGUUGUGUUCUAUUGACAACUCCUCUUGUAAGGUCGAACCACGUGGCUUGACUGUAGCACAGUGGCAUGUGGAAGUUUGCAUUAGUUUUGAGAGUAUCAUUAUUCACUCAUUUUUCAUGUAUGAUACGAGCAGUUGCUCUCCAUUGAAUCUUCCUGCUCAUUAGUAAGUGUUCUUUGUCUGAUGUGCCGUGAUUUGUCAAAGGCGCGCGAAGCGGCUAUUCACGAGAGAGAGAGAGAAAAAAAAUACCAAUCUGUCUUGUACAUGAUGUGUGAGUGUAUGUACUUAUAUUGAAGUGCGUAUCCAUCGUUGAAUAAACACAAUGUCGACAAAUUA